GCGGUGGUUGUGUGACAUGCUGCCAAGUGCUGGUGUCUAUUACUUCCCAUGGGAGAUCAACAGCUCAGUCCCAGAGGGGGAGGCGCUGAGGACGUUUGGCAGGUUAUGCUUCUAUGACCUGGCCCGAUCCAAAGCUGUUCUCACCGCUCAGCACAGCUCAGCUCAGUACCAGGUCUGUGUCGACACCAAGUUUGUGGAGCCUUUCCAAGCCCAGCUGGGGUCUCGCUACAUGGUCCUGGGAGAGGCUGAACAGAGGGAAGGUGAGGGUCCCGUGGUAAAGGCGCGAAUAUUGACCUGCGUGGAAGGGAUGAAUGUGCCCUUACUGGAACAAGCCAUACAGGAGCAGAGGAAAUACUUCAAUGAGAGGCGGGAGCGGAUGGGAAACAGCACGUCCUGACAGCAGCUCUGGGACCAGCCAUACACUGGUCCUUGCACUGCAAUUUGCAACAAAUAUGUUAAAAGUAAAUUUAGAAGGUGGGUUUUCAACAUAAUGCUUUUUGCCGUGGCAAAUAGCAAAGUCAAGUCACUAAGCAGGGAAACACUUGAAGACUGUGUCAGUAUGUGAGUGUGGGUUGUCCGUUCGUGCCAGGUGUCACCACUGAAAACAGCUCUGGGAAGCAGGUUUGUUUGUUUAAAAGGGUGGUUAAGGAAAUGGAGCGCUUGAGUUAUACUGGUCCUUUUGUAAUGCAAGGCUUGGAGAUGUCGGAAAAAGAAGUCUCCGAAUCUUGAGUUAAACAGCUCACACCCACAUGCACUGCCGAAGCGCAGCGGGUUACCGGGCUGUUGGCACAUUGGAGGUAAAGGACAUUGCACAAAGUUCGUUAGCUCUGUGUGGCUGCGGGUCUGUGAGUGCAUGUGUUUGGUUACCGUGACUCAGCUGCCACACAGGAGCGUUCCUGGCAAAACACUCAGGUAUCUGGACUGACCAACAAAGAAACAAGAAGAACAAAGCGUCACUAUUUUCAGUAGCACCUGCCUCUUCAGGUUUUCAGGAGCUGGUGUCCAAGGGGGGAGAUUGACUUUAGCUCUAAAAUAAAUAUUUGCAGUGCCCUGAGAA